UUUUGUAUAUAUAUAGGCUCCAUGUGUUUACUGUGAGUGCCUACCAAGGCCUGGUCCUGCCUGAGGCCCUGCAAGACUUCUUCAGCCAAACUUUGACCCAAGUUCUGACCUACAACCCUCAGCUCAAAGUUUCCGAUGCCAUUCCUCUCCAGAGAGAGUGGAGCUUUGCUCGGACAAAUGCGGUGCUCGCCUUGCUCUACCGCAAAUUGUUUGUGCCCUUCAAGCCGGAGGAGUUGGUCCGCCAUUUGCAGCACGUCCUGGAGACGAGCGAAGUCAACUGGCAUCACGUCCUCUCCUGCGUUUCCACGCUGCUGGUCUGCCAGUCGGGAGCCGCACCACUGAUUAAAGACUUCCUGAGCCAUCUGCUGAAGAAAGGCUUUGAGGACUAUGACUUGGAAAGCAUGAUGACGGCGUUCCUGAUCGCGCGCCAGGCUGGCCUGGAGGGUCCUGCCGUUUUCAUGCCUUACGCAGAAUGGUUUAAGGUUGCCUUUGGGAGCUCCAGCGGCUUCCACAGCGGCAGCAAGAAGGCCUCGGUCUUCCUCUUCAAGUUCCUCUCGGAGUUGGUGCCUUUCGAAGCCCCACAGUAUUUGAAGGUGCACAUCAUGCUCCCGCCGUUUGUUCCGGCCAAAUACCGCCCGCUGCUCCUGGAAUACAUCUCUUUGGCCAAAACCCGUCUGGCCGACUUCAAGGUUUCCAUAGAAGACAUGGGCCUCUAUGAGGAUUUAUCUUCCCCAAAGGAAGCCGUCCAGCCUCAAUGCCAGGCCCUUCAGGAUGUCGAAAAGGCUGUGCAGAUAUUUGAAAACACGGGGAGGAUCCCAGCGAGUGUCAUGGAAGCCAGUAUUUUCAGGCAGUCCUACUAUGCAACGCGUUUUCUUCCCGCUUUGCUUGUGCCGCGUCUGCUUCCGGAAAGACCAGAUCCCCGCAUGGCUUUGAUAGAAUCCCUCAGAAGGGCUGAAAAGAUUCCUCCAAAUGCGUACAAAACAUAUAUCGAAGAAUGCCGAGUUGCAAAAGAGAAGCUCUUACAAGAUGGAUCGGUCGAAAUGGAGACGAGCGAUUUGAAAGAGCCUUUGGAACUGCUCACAGCUGAGCUUGAGAUACUCCGAGAGUUGAUUGCGGAUCAAGAAAAGCAGGAGGAGCUUCCGGUUCAGAUGGCUCGUGUCUCGGAGGCACUGGCGGGUGUCCUGGGACCCACCAACGACCAGGAGGAAGCAGAUUCUGUGGACGUUAGGAUCUGCUUGGAUCUUUCUGUUCCUGAAGUCCCACAACAGCAUCAAGAG